UGUUUUUGUCCUAUGUUAAUGUUAUUAGGUAGCGAUGUGUUCAUGUUCUUCAUUCUUGAUAAAAACACAAACACAGUUUAUUGAGACAAGUUGUCUCUCGUUCUUCCUGUUCCUAGCAACUUACUUCCAACUCUCUAUUUGCUUCAUGGAAUCUCUAAAAUCAAAAUGCAAAACUCUCAUCAAAACUAUAAACUGUUUUGGAAACCGCAAAAGUGGAAGAUCUUUAGUUGUGGAAGUCGAUGAGCCAUCAAAGGGACUCAAAAUCCAGGGAAAGGUUGUGAAAAAAGGUUGUGGUUCAUCAGACGGUUUCUGGAGCACAAGUACAUAUGAUAUGGAUCACAAUGACAUCAUUUCAUCACAAUCUUCAAAUCCGCCUUUUGAUCCUCAUUGCAGAACAAGACACUCUACCCAAUUUGUAAAUCAUGGGCUUGCUCAAUGGAACCAAACAAGACAACAAUGGCGUGAAUGCAGAACCAGCCAACAAUGCCGAGUUUCGGAACCUGCAAUAAGCUGGGACUCGACAUAUGAUAGCUUAUUGAGCACAAACAAGCCUUUUCCUCAACCGGUACCACUUAAGGAAAUGGUGCAUUUUCUUGUUGACGUUUGGGAGGACGAAGGCUUGUACAUGUGAUACAUUUAAUAAAAUACUUUUUAUACAUAAGAAGGCAAAUAAACACAAUUAAAUGUUUUAUUUCUUCUUGUUCGUUGUGAUUCUUUUGUUGUUUUGUAAAACACAAUAUAUAUGAUUGUAGCUAGUAUAUAUUUCACCGGAGAUACA